AAUAAAAGCCAGAGAUCAGAAGUUAUCUCAUCACAGAGCCGGAGAAGAGGAACUAUUAGGGAAAUACGUAGUGUAAGUAAUGGAGGACAGAGGAGCUGAGGAAGAAACCAAAGAGAGGCCCAAAUGGGACAACAAAGUUCAGUAUCUGCUCACGUGUAUCGGAUUUGCUGUGGGACUCGGAAAUGUGUGGAGAUUCCCGUAUCUGUGCCAGAUUUACGGAGGAGGUGCAUUUCUAAUCCCAUAUCUGAUUGCACUGGUGUUUGAGGGAUUACCUCUGCUCUACCUGGAGCUGGCGAUUGGACAGAGUCUCCGUAAGGGAAGCAUCGGAGUGUGGAGCUCCAUCUCACCCUACCUGGGUGGAGUCGGCAUGGCGUCGAUGGUGGUCUCGUUCCUUGUAGGAAUGUUCUAUAACACCAUCCUGGCCUGGGUCCUGUGGUACUUCUUUAAUUCCUUCCAGGAUCCAUUGCCAUGGUCACAGUGUCCUCUAAAUGAAAACCAGACAGAGUACGUGUGGGAGUGUGUGAUGGGGACGCCUGUGAAUUAUUUCUGGUACCGUGAGACACUGAACAUCUCUCCGAACAUCGAGUCGAGCGGCUCGCUGCAGUGGUGGAUGGUGGUGUGUGUCGCUACCGCCUGGGCCGUCGUCUACAUCUGCUUCAUCCGCGGCAUCGAGACCAUCGGAAAGGCGGUGUAUGUAACAGCUACAUUUCCUUACCUGGUGUUAACAAUUUUUCUCAUACAAGCUCUUACACUUCCUGGAGCCACCGACGGACUGGAGUACCUUUUUACACCAGACUGGCAGGUCCUGUUAAACCCUCAGGUGUGGUUAGAUGCUGCCACUCAGAUCUUCUUCUCUCUAUCUCUGGCGUUCGGAGGCCUCAUCGCCUUCUCCAGCUACAACCCCAUACAGAAUAACUGUGAGCGAGACGCUUUGCUGGUGGGCUGCAUUAACAGUCUCACGUCGCUCUACGCCUCCAUUCCUAUUUUCUCCAUUCUGGGAUUCAAAGCUACUACAAACAACAACAACUGCAUCCAGAGUAACAUCCUCAAACUAACCAACGAGUUCGACUUCUCUGAUCAGAACAUCACCCUGAGUAACUAUAACGACUGGCUGUCCUACCUCAACAGCUCCUAUCCUGAUCAGGUUACUUCCCUGGAUCUGAGACACUGCGAUCUGAAGAGGUUUCUGGAUCAGAGUGCAUCAGGAACGGGUUUGGCCUUCAUCGUGUUCACAGAGGCGGUGACCUCCAUGCCUGCGUCCCAGGUGUGGGCUGUCCUCUUCUUCAUCAUGCUCUUCAGCCUCGGCCUGUCCUCCAUGUUCGGCAACCUGGAGGGUGUCCUCACUCCGCUGCUCGACCUGAACAUGGUGCCGAAGUGGAUUCCUAAAGAACUCUUCACUGCUGUAAUCUGUAUCAUAUCGUUCCUGGUGGCUCUGAUCUUCACCAUGAGCUCAGGAAAUUACUGGCUGGAGAUUUUUAACAGUUACGUCGGCUCCGUCCCGCUCCUCAUCAUCGCCUUCUUUGAAAUCAUCGCUGUGGUCGGCUUCUAUGGAAUGGGACGCUUUAGUGAGGAUCUGGAGUUUAUGACGGGGCGAAAGCCCAACAUAUUCUGGCGUGUGUGCUGGUUGGGGAUCAGUCCUGUGAUGCUGCUGGUGGUACUGGUGGCAUACGUGGUGAUUCAGGUGCAGGUGCAACCCAAGUACCCCGCCUGGAACCCAGGAUACGACCAGUUCCCUGAAGCGGAGAUGAAGCCGUAUCCCGACUGGGUGUUUGCGAUCUGCGUGCUGCUCUCGGCUCUGCCGGUGUUUCCCAUCCCCAUCGUAGCGCUCUAUCACCUCAUCAGACGCUUCACACACUCCCACAACCGCUCGCACACACACACACAGCCCAAGAACCCAUACGGCAACACCGCCUACAUACCAGACUGAGACACAAACAACAUUCAUCAACACCAAACACUUAUCCUCUCAACUUUUAAAACAAAAUAGUCUGGUGAUGAUCGUUACAGUUACCAAUAUUACAUUACACGUAGUGUGUAUGUGUGUGUGAGGGCUAGGUUAGCUGGCUAGCUAACUGUGAGUGCUAGCAUGCUAAAAGUAAAACAAACAGUACGUGUCUACCUUACACUUAUAACGGUAAGAGAUUAGAACAUGUGAGAAAUGUGAUAAAUUAAAUUUUUUAUGAUAUUUCAAACAAUGGUAAUUAGCUAAUGAGUUAAUUAAAUUGCUAUGUAUUAGACGGAUUUAUUACACCUGAUCGGGUGUACGUAUAUAUUUAAACGAUGUACCUGUUCAUGUUUAUCUAUUAUAUAUUUGUAAAUGAAAUGAAUAAAUACACACAUGAA